GUACUUGAACCCAAAGUCCCCUUGACCCAACAAAGCAGAGUGAGAGCUUCGAAAGACAAAAGAACAAUGGGAGUAGAGAAGGAGGUGCUCAGAUCUGGAACCGGUCCCAAACCCACCGCCGGACAGUUGGUCACUGUUCACUGCACUGGCUUCGGAAAAAAUGGCAACCUAUCUGAGAAAUUUUGGAGCACAAAGGACCCUGGACAGAAGCCUUUCUCAUUUAAAAUUGGUCAAGGCUCAGUUAUAAAAGGUUGGGAUGAAGGUGUGCUUGGCAUGCAAGUGGGAGAAGUUGCUCGUCUUCGGUGCUCCCCAGACUAUGCCUAUGGCUCUAGUGGGUUCCCUGCAUGGGGCAUUCAACCGAAUUCAGUCUUGGUCUUUGAAAUUGAAGUUCUGAGUGCUCAGUGAUCAAAAUUUCCUUAGAUUUCCAAUGUAGUAUUUUUAUGAGAAGCUUUGUUUUUGGCUGUGUUUUCACGAUCGAUAAUCGUUAGUUAUUCAGAUAUGGUGUGUGUUUAAUUUCAAGGCAGGUUCUGAAUCUCUUCUUUAUGAAGAUGUAUUUGCUUGGCCUUGAUCAUAACUUCUAUUAUGAGUACAUUAAUAAGAAGUGCUUAUCAUAACUUCUAUUAUGAGUA